AUGUUUGGGACGCAGAUGCGGGAUCGAACCGUGGCUAACUUGUUCAGAUGGAAGCCCCGCGAGUUCAACUUUCACGAGCAAGAGGACAUGUCCCCAAUUCGAAAUGACGAAGCACCAAACAUCCCAAGUAUUUCAUUCAUCACCAAAUUCUUGAUCCGUCGGUCGCAGUUUCGACAAAUCUCACCGGCCUCACUCAUCGAAACAUUGUCGAGCCUGCGCAACCUUGAGCAACUUUUGUCAUUGAACAGUAGCGGUACCGCAGGUGUGACUCUUCUGCUAUUGCAGCAUAAGGUUUCAAAAAAGGCCACUGUGUUAACAUCGGGUCAUGAUGUUAUGAUCCCGGCCCUCGAUGGGUCAACUGAGCCCGAAGAUCGAAAGGUGCUGGCCGGGUUUGCUAAGGUUUUCAUCUUGGCCUUGCCGGCGUCUAUCAAGACAUUGUCUUUGUACGGAGACAAAGUCAACAUCUUCCACGUGUGGUCAUCCAAGGACGUCAACACCAUCGAUUUGGCAAAGCAUCUACGGGUCUACGGCUUGGUCAAGGGCUCGAAGAAGGGGGGUGGGGCCAAAACGGAACUACGGCAGACACCUCGAGAGCAUCUCCGUCUCAUUCUUCAUCGACGCCGAGGACUUUUUCUAGCCGUUCCGGACAUCGCAGACAGAGUGCACCACUACUUGGGAGAACAUGAAGACCCUACCUCCCGAACCCUCAAGUCAUCGUCGAGAAGCCGGAUCAACGGACUCCUCUGCGCGGCGGCCAAUGCAGCCAUGAAGAUGCCAAAGCUGCACCUUCUGGAGCUCUGGAGAGGGGCUGAAGGGAUGGCCUCCGUGUUUCGAUAUCGUGUUAGGGACACCGUCACUGAGAUUACCGGGCUCAGCACUCACAUCACCAAAGUCGACCAGAGGGUGAUAAAUGCCUGGACCAGCGUGGUCAUGACACAGGGGCGACCCGACGUCAGAGUAUCGAUAUGUAAGCUUGAUCCCGACAAGACCAUAUUUGCUGGAACUGCCUUGCGGCAUCUAUUUCUAAGAGGGCAGAUCUUACACCCUGUUUCAGGAUACGGGAUUGCAUGGGAACAGAAGAAGCAGAGCUGA